CAGAGGAGAGAGAGAAAGAAAGAGUUGCAUUCUGCUAUUAUUAUUUCUAUUUAAAAUAAAAUAAAAUAAACGAAGAGAAUAUUUGGCGAAACAAAGGAGAAACCAACUUUAAUUGGUCCGAAGAUCGAGAGAGAAGAUUCUUAAGCGAUCGGUUAUUAUCCGAGAUAUUGAAUCUUUUGUUUUGUGUAUAGAUAGAUACAAAUCGAAAGGUGUUUGUUAGUUAGUUUGGAUCGUUGGAAUGGCGCAGGGGGGAGGAGGAAGCAUGGACCCUGCCGUUCUAGACGACAUCAUUCGUCGUUUGUUGGAUUACAGAAACCCUAAGCCUGGAACCAAACAGGUUAUGCUCAACGAGUCUGAGAUCCGACAGCUUUGUAUGGUCUCUAGAGAGAUUUUCCUUCAACAGCCUAACCUCCUUGAGCUCGAAGCUCCCAUCAAGAUCUGCGGUGAUAUUCAUGGACAGUAUUCAGAUCUAUUGAGGCUAUUUGAAUAUGGAGGCUUCCCUCCUGCAGCUAACUAUUUAUUCUUAGGAGACUACGUUGACCGUGGGAAACAAAGCUUGGAAACAAUCUGUCUUCUCCUUGCCUACAAAAUCAAAUACCCUGAGAACUUCUUCCUUCUUAGAGGCAACCACGAGUGUGCUUCCAUCAACAGAAUCUACGGAUUCUACGAUGAGUGCAAACGUAGAUUCAGUGUGAGACUCUGGAAAGUCUUUACAGAUUCUUUUAACUGCCUCCCUGUAGCUGCUGUAAUAGACGAUAAGAUAUUAUGUAUGCACGGUGGUCUUUCUCCAGAUUUGACUAACGUGGAACAGAUUAAGAACAUUAAGAGACCUACUGAUGUUCCGGACUCUGGUCUGCUUUGUGAUCUUCUUUGGUCUGAUCCGAGUAAAGAUGUUAAAGGUUGGGGGAUGAAUGAUCGUGGAGUUUCUUACACGUUUGGGCCUGAUAAGGUUGCUGAGUUUUUGAUUAAGAAUGAUAUGGAUCUCAUCUGCCGUGCUCACCAGGUUGUAGAGGAUGGUUAUGAGUUCUUUGCUGAUAGACAGCUUGUGACUAUAUUCUCAGCUCCUAACUAUUGUGGUGAAUUUGAUAAUGCUGGUGCGAUGAUGAGUGUUGAUGAGAGUUUGAUGUGUUCUUUCCAAAUACUUAAGCCUGCGGAUCGGAGGCCCCGGUUCUUAUGAUGUAAAGAGUUUGAACCCUCUGCGGGAAAGAAGACAUGAACGCGGGAGAUAGAGAAGCCUUUGAUGCUCCCUGAGAAUUUGUCCUGAAGCCUUUGCAAGAAGGCUUACAACUACAUUUUACAUGUUGUUAUAUCAUCCUUUUACUUACUUAAACACUUUCUUUUCUCAAAAACUUUAUGUUCGUUAUCUUCUUGCGACUCAUAUUAGACAGUAAAAAAGUCUGCAAAGUUUUAUUCUUUCAUCAAC